GAAGAAGCCGCGCCAUAACCUCACUCUGUCAAACUGCUCGCAAACAAUAAUGUCGCUUUUUCGAAAGCCGAAGAAAAACAUCGUUCAGCGGCGCGUUUUCACCGAAAAUGACGACGACGACGAGCCGAUGGCGGCGCAAACGAUCGUGCGCCCGGAAAAAGAGAACAAGUCCAGGGAAAAAUCGAAAAAGCACCAGAAGCAGAAGCUGCUCAGCUUCGAGACUGAGGAGGAGGGUGAGGUUUUUCAGGUGAAAAAAUCGUCGCACAGCAAGAAGAUGCUGCGGAUGUUCGAGAAGGAGAAGCACAGGAAAAAGGAGCCCAAAGUGGAUCGGGAGGAAAGCAGGGUUAGGGAUCCAAAGAAAGAGAUUGUCACCGACGACUUGAUUUUGGUUGUAAACAGCAAUCAUAGGAAGCCGCCCACGCCGCCGCCGCCUAUUAUUAUGAGCGGCAGAGACGCUCUAUGUGCAGGUAAGGAUGACUUGUCUUCGGAAGAGGACGAAAGUUCGCCGCAUAGGUUUUCGAAACCGGACAAUUUUAAGAGUGUUUUGGAGUCGGGGGCCAUUCCCGAUGCAGCCAUGAUCCAUGCUGCGAGGAAAAAAAGGCAACGUGCUAGAGAAAUGGGGGAUUUUAUACCCACAGAAGAGGAGGAACCUGAAGAUACUGGAAGACUGAUGAGGGAUGACGACCAAGACGGCAGCGACGAAGAACGGAUAGAUAUGGACAUAAAUUUGGCGCGGAGAGACCAAGAAAGACGCAGAGAACAAUUUUUGGCUGCGCAGGAAUCAGACCACGAAGAAGACGAAUGGGAGGACCAACAGAUACGCAAAGGAGUCACAAGUGCGACUGCUGUGGCCAUGGCACAAGAACUGAUGGCUUACAGCGAGUACCACCACAGCGAAGUGCAACAGCAACCAAACGUGACGCCGGCGAUGGAACCUGGGGUCCCUAGGACCCCGCAAAUGAUAGCCGACAAGCUGAAGGAGCACUUCCAGAACUUGCGGGAUUCCCAGGAGCGCAAUCGGGAGCGGCUGGAGAAAAUCACGGACGACGUGGAGGAAGUGACUGGGGAGCUGCAAGAACUGGAGGUAAAGGCCCCCGACGCUGCCGAGCGGUUUAAGUUCUACCAGGAACUGAGGGGCUACAUCACGGACCUGGUGGAGUGCCUGGACGAGAAGGUGGGGGUUAUAACGGCCUUGGAGCAGCGCGCCACCGAUUUGAUGGCGAAGAAGUCCGAUUGGUUGAUCGAGCGACGUCGGCAGGACGUCAGAGAUCAAGCUGAGGAGGCCACCAUCAAAGGGGGAAUCGUUAAGAAAGGUCCGGACGACGAGGAAAAAACGCGCAGGGCGGCGGAGCGCGAGGGGCGUCGCACGCGGCGACGGCGCGCCCGGGAAACCCCGGGCGCGCCCAAGCACGUCGAGGGCAUGUCCAGCGACGACGAAAUCUCGCAGCAGGACGAACUAAACUUCGCCAAGGAGCGCGAGCAAAUCGAAUCAGAAGUGCGCGUGGUAUUCGAGGAUGUAGUUGAGGAGUACAGUAGCGCGGCAAGCAUUUUGAUUCGCUUCGAGCAGUGGCGGGAGGCGGAUUUAACCGCCUACACCGAGGCUUAUGCCACGUUGUGCCUGCCCAAGGUGGUGAGUCCGCUGGUGCGGCUGAAUCUCGUCUUCUGGGAUCCUCUGAACGAGACCUCCGAUAUCGAGAAGUUGGAUUGGUAUCGCACGAUGGCUUUAUACGGCUUGCACGACGACGAAACCGAGUCAACCCUCAGCAAAGACCCCGACAUAAACCUCCUACCCACCAUAAUAGAAAAAGUUAUCGUCCCAAAACUAACAGUGCUUGUGGAUCGGUGUUGGGACCCCUUAAGCAGCUCGCAAACACUACGACUCGUCGGCAUUAUUAACAGAUACAUCCGGAAAUACCCCUCGCUAGGCCCCGCAAGUAAAUCCCUAAACAACCUCUUCAACGCCGUAAUGCACAAAAUGAAAACCUCCCUGGAAAACGACGUGUUCAUCCCCGUAACCCCCAAACUCGCCGAGAGCAGAUCGCAAUUCUUCCAGCGGCAAUUCGCCAGCGGCCUAAAACUCCUCAAAAACAUAACCAGCUGGCAGAACAUCCUCAACGACGGCACUCUAAAAGACCUCGCCGUAAACUCCCUCCUCAACCGUUAUUUACUCAGCGCGGUGAAAUUCUGCGCGGUGACGGACGCGGUGCAAAAGUUGAAGUUGAUCACGCUCAUUCUGCCGCGCGUUUGGUUCCAAGAGAGCACGCCGGAGCUGAAGCAGUUCGGCAACAGCGCCGUUUCCUUACUGCAACAGCUCGACAGAAACAACCCGCUGCAUCUGGAGUCGAUCGAGAUUUUGAACGGGCUGGUCAAACUGAUCAGGUCCAACAUGUAACUUAUUUAUUUUUAAGUGCCUAUUAUGUGUAAAUAUACGGUUUAAAAUUA